AUGCCUCCCCUCUACAUAUUAUCGCUCGGGCUUCUCCUCCUCUUGCAUAUUCCUCAUUGGCGCCCCUCGUCCGCAGCUGCAAGCGAUACCCUCACGGUGGGCCAAUCUCUCGCGGUCGGCAGCAAGCUUGUCUCAAGAAACGGCAAGUUUGCGCUCGGCUUCUUUCAGCCAGCAGCAAGCAUCAUCAGUAAGUCCCAGAACACCACCAGCUCCAGCUGGUACCUUGGCAUAUGGUUCAACAAGAUCCCAGUUUUUACUACUGUGUGGGUUGCUAACAGGGACCAGCCCAUCACUGGCCCCAACCUCAACCUAACACAGCUCAAGAUAUCGAUCGAUGGCAAUCUUGUCAUCGCGAACAACGAUUCCGUAGUUUGGUCCACUCACAUUGUCAAUAAUAGGACACAAACCAGCAGCAUAAACGCCACUACUGGUGCUGCCGUUCUCUUGAAUAGUGGAAACCUUGCUCUUACAGUCACAGAGAGCCCAUCAUCAUCUGACCUACCGUUGUGGCAGAGCUUUGAUUACCCAACAGAUAUUUUUCUUCCUGGUUCCAUGUUUGGCCGGAACAAGGUCACCAGCUUGACUCAUCAGAGCAUCUCAAAGAAGAGCCUCAUUGAUCCGGGUCUUGGCUCAUACAGCAUUGAACUAGAAGAAACCAAGGGGAUUGUCCUCAAGCGCCGCAACCCCUUGGUAGUGUAUUGGCAUUGGGCAUCCUCCAAAACAUCAUCGUUGAGUCUUAUACCAAUACUCAAUUCCAUUCUGGAUUUGGAUCCACGGACCAAAGGUUUGAUUAACACAACAUAUGUUGAUAACAACCAAGAGGAGUACUACACGUACACUUCACCGGAUGAAUCAUCCCCCACAUUUGUCUCACUAGACAUCUCUGGUCUGAUAAAGCUGAAUGUUUGGUCACAAGCCAACCAGUCUUGGCAAAUUAUAUAUACCCAGCCUGCCGAUCCCUGCACUCCGGCUGCUACCUGUGGACCUUUCACAGUCUGCAACGGCAUUGCACAGCCAUUCUGUGACUGUAUGAUGAACUUCUCUCAGAAGUCACCUCUGGAUUGGGAGUUUAAUGAUCGAACAGGAGGAUGCAUCAGAAAUACACCGUUACACUGCAACACUAGUAGUAACAACAAAAACAUCACAAGUUCAACAGACAUGUUCCACUCCAUUGCUCAAGUUACAUUACCCUACAACCCGCAAAGCAUAGACAUUGCUAACACACAGAGCGAUUGCGAAGAAGCUUGUCUCAGUUCUUGCUCCUGCACUGCUUAUUCCUAUAACAGUAGCAGAUGCUCUGUCUGGCAUGGGGAAUUGCUUAGUGUAAAUCUGAAUGAUGGCAUUGAUAAUACUUCUGAAGAUGUUCUUUAUAUUCGCCUUGCCGCCAAAGAUUUGCUGCCAAGUUUGAGAAAAAACAAAAGAAAACCAAACCGUUGGAGUGGUCACUGCUGCAAGCAUUUUUGGUUUUGGGUUACUAAUGCUCCUGGUGUUGUUACUUAUUUGGAGGAACAAAUUCAAGUGGUGUGGUUCCCCUUUAUACGGCAAUCAAGGUAG